AUGGAGGACAGGACAGCAACCAGAGGCAGCUACGGCACAACGACCUCUUCAGUCACAAUGAACGGAGAACAUCGAACUUCCUUAGAUCAGCCUGCGGGUGGCUUUGCCCCCAUCAAGACGGGAAAGAAUGGCGACUCAUCCGAUGAUGAAGACGGAGAAGUGUCGAGCCCUACGAGAGAUACCCACCGCGACACGAUGAUGAUCGACGAGGAGGACAGGAGAGAACUUCAGAGAAUCGCAACCAACCUUUCGCGGCAUCAAAGCUUGGCCAGCAACGGCCGCGCCCUGUCGUCCCACGUAUCUUAUGGCCAGGAAAUCGCCGGCUCCAACGAUCCCGCGCUAGACCCUUCGAGCAAAUCAUUCGAUCUUGCAAAAUGGCUCCAGGCUUUCAUGCGAGCGAUGCAGAACGAGGGCAUCACCACCAAGCAAGCUGGUGUCGCCUACAAGGACCUCAACGUUUCCGGUACCGGUGCUGCUGUACAAUUGCAGCAGACGGUCGGCGACUUCCUCCAAGCACCGCUCAGAAUCGGCGAGCACAUUAGCUUCGGCAAGAAGGAGCCUAAGAGAAUCCUCAACAACUUCGAUGGCCUCCUGAACAGCGGGGAGCUUUUGAUUGUUCUUGGUCGCCCUGGCUCUGGAUGCAGUACCCUCCUGAAGACGAUGACUGGUGAACUCCAUGGUCUGAGUCUGGCAGAUGAGUCCGUCAUCCACUACAACGGCAUUCCGCAGAAGAAGAUGAUGAAGGAGUUUAAGGGAGAGACCGUUUACAACCAAGAGGUCGACAAGCAUUUCCCCCAUCUUACCGUCGGUCAAACACUCGAAUUCGCCGGCGCCGUCCGCACACCGUCCAACAGACCCAUGGGCAUGAGCCGAGAGGAGGCUCACAAGCAAGGCGCGCAGGUCGUCAUGGCCGUGUGCGGUCUCAGCCAUACCUACAACACCAAAGUCGGCAACGAUUUCGUCCGCGGCGUCUCUGGCGGUGAGAGAAAGCGUGUCUCCAUUGCCGAGAUGAUGCUCGCUGGCUCUCCCAUGUGCGCUUGGGAUAACAGCACCCGUGGCUUGGACUCUGCGACCGCUCUGAAAUUCGUCAAGUCGCUGCGUCUUGCCUCUGACUUCACCGGCAGCGCCAACGCCGUUGCCAUCUACCAGGCCAGUCAGGCCAUCUACGAUCUUUUCGACAAGGCUGUCGUGCUCUACGAGGGUCGCCAGAUCUACUUUGGCCCUGCUUCCGCCGCCAAGUCUUACUUUGAGCGCAUGGGCUGGGACUGCCCUCAGCGCCAGACCACGGGAGACUUUUUGACCUCGGUCACCAACCCCAUCGAGCGAAAGGCCCGCCCGGGUAUGGAGAACCAGGUUCCCCGAACUCCCGAGGACUUCGAGGCAUACUGGCGCGCAUCCCCCGAAUACCAAGUUCUCCGCCAAGAUAUUGAGCAACACACCGAUGAUAACCCGAUUGAUCCUCAUGGCCAUGCUCUCACUCAGCUUCGCCAGCAAAAGAACGACAGGCAGGCGAAACACGUCCGCCCCAAGUCUCCCUACCUCAUCAGCCUGGCAAUGCAAGUGAAACUCACCACCAAGCGCGCUUACCAGCGGAUAUGGAACGAUAUGUCGGCUACAGCUACAACGGCCGUUCUCAACAUCGUCUUGGCUCUCAUCAUUGGUUCAGUCUUCUACGGCACUCCCAACGCUACAUCCGGUUUCUACUCAAAGGGCUCGGUCCUGUUCCAGGCCAUCCUCAUGAACGCUCUCACUGCCAUUUCCGAAAUCAACAGUCUGUAUGACCAAAGGCCAAUCGUCGAAAAGCAUGCUUCCUAUGCCUUCUAUCAUCCAGCAGCUGAAGCCAUCGCCGGCAUCGUCGCAGAUAUCCCGAUCAAAUUCGUCACCGCAACCUGUUUCAACCUCAUCCUCUACUUCCUCGCAGGUCUUCGUCGGGAGCCCGGUCAAUUCUUCCUGUACUUCUUAAUCACCUACAUCUCCACCUUCGUCAUGAGCGCUGUGUUCAGAACCAUGGCUGCCAUCACCAAGACCAUUUCUCAGGCCAUGAUGUUGGCUGGUGUGCUCGUCUUGGCGCUUGUCAUCUACACUGGCUUCGUCAUCAGAGUUCCCCAGAUGGUUGACUGGUUUGGUUGGAUUCGCUGGAUCAACCCCAUCUUCUACGCCUUCGAGAUCCUCAUUGCGAAUGAGUUCCACGGCCGUGAGUUCGUCUGCUCCGAGAUCAUCCCGUCAUACACUCCCCUGAACGGCGACUCUUGGAUUUGCUCCGCUGUCGGUUCUGUCGCUGGAAAGCGCACUGUGAGCGGCGACGCAUUCAUCGAGACAAACUACCAGUACCACUACUCUCACGUCUGGCGCAACUUCGGCAUCCUGGUGGCCUUCCUCAUCUUUUUCAUGGUUAUCUACUUUCUCGCUACGGAACUCAACUCCUCCACCACAAGCUCCGCCGAAGUCCUCGUCUUCAAGCGCGGCCGCGUUCCCGCUUACCUACAGGAUGGUGUCAACCGCAGUGCAACCAACGAGGAGAUGGCCGUUUCCAAGGAUGAGGAUGCCGAAGCCAAUGUCAACUCGAUCCCGCCCCAGAAGGACAUCUUCACUUGGAGGGACGUUGUCUACGACAUUGAGAUCAAGGGUGAGCCCCGCCGUCUGCUUGACCACGUCGGUGGUUGGGUGAAGCCUGGAACACUCACUGCCCUCAUGGGUGUUUCCGGAGCUGGAAAGACCACUCUGCUCGAUGUUUUGGCUCAGCGAACGACUAUGGGUGUCAUCACUGGCGAUAUGUUCGUCAACGGCAAGCCUCUGGACGCUAGUUUCCAACGCAAGACUGGCUACGUUCAGCAGCAAGAUCUUCACUUAGCUACCUCAACUGUCCGCGAGAGCUUGCGCUUCAGCGCCAUGCUUCGCCAGCCCAAGACCGUUUCCAGGAAAGAAAAGUUCGAUUUCGUCGAGGAGGUCAUCGACAUGCUCAACAUGCGCGACUUUGCCGACGCCGUUGUCGGUGUCCCUGGUGAGGGUCUGAACGUCGAACAGCGCAAGCUUCUCACCAUUGGCGUUGAAUUGGCGGCUAAGCCGAAGCUUCUUCUCUUCCUCGACGAGCCUACCAGCGGUCUCGACUCUCAGAGCUCCUGGGCUAUUUGUGCUUUCCUCCGCAAGCUGGCUGAUUCGGGCCAAGCCGUCCUUUGCACCGUCCACCAGCCCAGCGCCAUCUUAUUCCAGCAGUUCGACCGCCUCCUCUUCCUCGCUCGCGGCGGUAAGACUGUCUACUUUGGUGAUAUCGGCGACAACUCCCGCACCCUUCUGGAUUACUUUGAGGGCCACGGUGCUCGCAGCUGCGGCGAUGAGGAGAACCCCGCUGAGUACAUGCUCGAGAUUGUCAACAACGGCACCAACUCCAAGGGCGAAGACUGGCACAGCGUCUGGAAGUCCAGCAACGAACGCCAAGAUGUCGAAGCCGAGAUCGAGAGGAUUCACGUCGAGAAGCAGCACGAAGAAGUCGCCGGCAGCGAAGACGCGGGUGCCCACUCCGAGUUCGCCAUGCCCUUCAGCACGCAGCUCAUGGAGGUCACCGGCCGUGUCUUCCAGCAAUACUGGCGCAUGCCCAACUACGUCUUUGCCAAGUUCUUCCUGGGUAUCGCCGCGGGUCUCUUCAUUGGUUUCUCUUUCUGGAAGGCCAAAGGCACCAACGCUGGCAUGCAAAACGUCGUCUUUGGUGUCUUCAUGGUCAUUACCAUCUUCUCGACCCUUGUCCAGCAGAUCCAGCCUCAUUUCGUCACACAGCGCGCUCUCUACGAGGUUCGCGAGCGUCCCAGCAAGGCUUACUCCUGGAAGGCUUUCAUGUUCGCCAACAUCAUUGUCGAAAUCCCCUACCAGAUCGUCACUGGUAUCCUCAUCUGGGCUUGCUUCUACUACCCCAUCAUCGGCAUCCAGAGCUCUGUCCGCCAGAUCUUGGUCAUGCUGUUCGCUAUUCAGCUUCUGAUCUACGCGAGCUCUUUCGCCCACAUGACCAUCGCCGCCUUCCCCGAUGCACAGACCGCCGCAGGCGUGGUCACUCUCUUGGUCCUCAUGAGCUUGACCUUCUGCGGUGUCUUGCAAUCCCCCGUCGCUCUCCCCGGCUUCUGGAUCUUCAUGUACCGGGUGUCGCCCUUCACCUACUGGGUCGCCGGCAUCGUCGCUACCGAAUUGUCCGGCCGACCCGUCACCUGCUCCGCCUCCGAGACUUCCAUCUUCAACCCGCCCGCCAACCAAACAUGCGGCGAGUACCUGGCGGACUACCUCAAGACGGCGCCCGGCCGGCUCCAGAACCCAGACGCCACAGAGUCAUGCCGAUAUUGCUCUCUCCGCGACGCCGACCAGUACUUGGCCGGCAGCAGCAUCUACUACAGUGAGCGCUGGCGUAACUUUGGAAUUGUCUGGGCUUUCAUUGUCUUCAACAUUUUCAUCGCUGUCGUUUCUUACUACCUGUUCCGCGUUAAGAAGUGGAACACUGGCUCGUCAAAGCCGAAGAAGGAGUCCAAGGGAAAGGAGACAGCGGCCCAAUAG